AUGUCUUGGCGCAUCUCCCGUGCUGAAAAUUUACCUUCAACCUGCAAAUCCCCGGUUUUCGCCAACGCCCAGAGCCCACCCCCACAAACACAUCAAUUGCAUCUGGCCAAGUUGUCACAGGUACUAUUUUGGAUUCCAUUAGACGAUCUACAGGUCUCCCACCGAACACGGGAACGCGCAACGAUGUCCCGAUCCGCCGCAGACGCAACGCGGUUCACGGCCACAGGGCCCUACGCCAACUCCAAGACCGGCGGUUUCCAGACAGCGGAUAUCGGAAAGAGCAAGAAAGCCAACCAGAAGACACAAUCACCACAACAUACCGGCCCCGAUGGGAAACCGGAGACCCCCAAGGAGAAGGUGGAACGACUCCGCGCGCAGGCACGGGCUGCGAAGAGGGCUCAGGCUCUUGGGACGGGUGCGGAUCGGUGGAUUGAGUCUGGUCGGAGGUUUGCCAACAAGGCUCACAAGGGAAUGGUAUACACAUUGAUUGCCGCGUCGGGUGUUUGCGGUGUCCUUACAGUCUACUCGAUGAUCUCACUUACGCUCUAUAACCGUCGUCAGCGCACCCUCUGGAUCGAACGCGAACUCGAGACUCUCAACCAGGCCCAGCUCGCCGUCGCCAACGGCAGCGCAACCGAGGAGCAACAGGAACUUGUGAAGAAGGAGAGCAUUGGUGAGAUUGUGAGGCAGAAGCGCGAGGAGGAUAAGGCACAAAAGCCGUGGGCCAAGGCCAAGCGCUUCCUCUUCGAGAAGCUGAAUAUGGAGGAUACUGGUGCUGUCCCAGCCGCCGCAUCAACCGAGCAGCCCCAGAGCAGUGUCACAGAGGCGGUGCUGGCCAAGCAGGCCAUCGAUGCCUCCGCCGCAAAGACCGGCGUGCCCUUGCCCGGCCAGUUGGAUGUGAUGGCCGAGAACGCGGAAGAAGCCGCAAAGGCCAAGACAAAGGGCUGGACUAGCUGGUUGACAGGGCGGUAGAUGGGAGCAACUGUCAGCUUAAAGUAACCAAAAUGAAAGGACGGGAGAACAAAAUGGAUGUGUGGAGAGACAUGGCCCGUCCUCGGAUCUGAUCUGACCUCACCGUCUACCACCAGGCAAACACCCAUGAUGCUUCCAAACCAGAUCCAUCUGUUCUCUGUCCUCUCUAAUCCUCACUCUUCGCCAUCUGCAACAAUCUUUUCUAUUGCAUGGCAAGUCGCAGACUUAUCUCGCGGCCUGCUUCCAUCUUCCCAGGGGGUUUACGGCGUUUGAUUUCCUUUCCCAGCUUCUCUUCUGGAAUGUGUUCCUAGUCAGUAUGGCCUUCCUUAUACUCUGAAAGGAGUGUAUGGGCGGGCCUCAAUGUAUAUCGUGUACAGUACAUAGAUCUGCUCCUAUCUGUUCUCAUUUCUACUCCAAUUUUCAGAUAUCAAUACACGAAGUACAGUAACUUUCUAUAGCUGCUGUCUAUACAAG